AUGAACAUUGCCGCCAUGCUAGAGCCAAUUCACGACGCACCGCAUCCUGUCACAGCAUCGUCUUCCUCAUCGCAGUUGCUACAACGUCUCCCUGCUAUCACGCAUGUGACGCCGGGACUACAACAACAGCCCGUCUCAUCCCAUCAGAUUCCCAACCACCCUGGACUACCUAUAGAGCCACACUCUGCAUUGCCGCCUCGUCGACAUGCCCUGCCACAGCGCAUGGACUCCAUAUCAUCGAACAAUUCAUCCACUCAUGGCUCCAUUGAUUACACCACACAGCCCUAUCCAUCAUCGUCAUCUCCAUCGACAACACAACGCCCCAGGUCCAACAGCACAGUACGCAGAGAUUCUUCUGUCUCUCCAUCACAAGCGAACUCACAGCCGCGUCAUCGCGGCAAACAAACAAAAGCUGCUUGCAUUCCCUGCCGCAAGCGCAAAUCAAAGGUACUGUUCCUCCUGCCCAGCACAGAUCCCCUCGAAACCUGCGAGCUUAAUCCCGCAACUUCCACCCAUGCUGCAACGAUGAACAAGCUAUAA